AUGUCAGUUCAGCCAUCUCGAGCCCAUUCUGAGGUGUUCUCCGCCAGCCAGUAUGGCGGAGGACAGCCGAUUGUCAUGCCGGCUCCACCACCCCCGCCGAGAUAUGCCAUCAACUACUUUGCCCUGCCCACUUUCAUCAUCCACAUUGUUGGACUAGCUUGUUUAUGGGCCUUAUGGUACUACUUACGGUAGGUUUAACUACUUUGUUAAUUAUUAUAUGUUUUUCUUGACCUAAUUAUAUACUUAAUUAUAGUAUUAGUGUUAAAGUUUAAAUGUAUUACGAUAUUGUAAAUUAAUAUUAUUUUUAUUCCAGAUUUACCACAGUCUUCCCAUACCAUCACCGAGUGUUUUACUGCAAAGAUAUACAUCUAUAUAAACCAAACUUUAAACCAGAAGACUUCGAAGUCUACGUGUCGUACACUUUACUCUACAUCCUCGGGUUUUGUUUGCCUCCUCUUGUGGUAAGUCAAUAUUGUAAUCGCAGUAAACUAUUGCGACUAGUGCAGGAAUUGUUUUAAAACUAUUGUAAUCUGCUUGAAGUCUCAAAUUCAAAUCUGAUGUUGUAGAUGUUUAUUGGGGAAAUCGGCUUUUGGUUGUUCUCCACCAAACCUCGGAAGACGAUCUAUGCCACUUGUGGAGAAUGUCCUGUCCAUCUCUUUACCAGACGACUCUUCCGUUUCAUUUGUAAGUUAGCUAGAAGAUACUUUCUAAACGUUGUCGCUAAAGCAUCAGUAUAUUAACUUUUUCUGUGUUGCACCAUGGUUACAUUAUAUUUGAUUAUAUUUGAGAUAAUAGUAAUAGUUUACUGUAAUGUUGCUCUAGGUAGUUAUUGUUUUAUGAUGUCGUUAGUAGUGUUAUGUUUCCGUUACAGCUGUGUUCAUGUUCGGUGCCCUUAUCACCCAAAUAUUCGUUGAUGCAAUCAAACAGAUGACCGGUUACCAGCGUCCCUACUUCUUGUCGUUGUGUAACGUUUCUUUACCGUAUGUUUUUAAAAAUUACUAUGUAACUUAAAAUAUGCUCGUGUGUAUCAGUUACGUAAAUUUAUAUGUUUUCUGUAUAUCAUAAAAACAUACACCAUUCACCUUACUUUAGAUCAUGUACAGCCCCAUUAGAGCACUCCCCCCCUCCCCAUCCCCCCCCCCACCUGGCUUGUAACUACAAGAACGCUGAUGAACUGAGGUACGCCUGGCUUUCGUUCCCAUCACUCCAUGCUGCUUUCUCCGGCUACUCGUGUAUCUUCGCUGCUUGUUACAUCUACUACAUGAUUAACUUGAGAGGAGCGCCGUUACUGAGGCCGUUACUCAUUUUCGGUUUCCUCGGCCUCACGUUGGUGGAUUCAUUCAGCAGAAUCAAUGGCUACAAGAACCACUGGAGAGACAUCUGGGUGGGAUGGCUGAUGGGAUUCUUCAUCGCCAUGUUCUUGGUAUGUUUUUAGUACAUAGAAGAAUAUAUUUUAGUAUUUUAUUCUUGAUGACACUAUCUUUUUUUAAUGGCUUUUACUGUUCUAAAUCAGUUUUUAAAGAUUGUGGUACUAAAUACCCCAAAUUUUAGUGUCAUUGCGUUUUGUGCUUCCAAGAAGUGUACCACUUUGUGGAAAAAGCCCCAAUUGCUAUGGCCGAGCACCACGAAGAAAGAGUGUCACCAUUCUUCUCGUGGUUUAGGUUACCUAGAGUACAUGCUCCAUCAGUUAAAGAAGAAUAUGUGUAAGUUACUACUACUAACGUUGUGGCAUACAUUGUCAUCAAAAAUAUUAUAAAACUAUUUUAAAAAAUAAUACAAAAGGCGUCUUUUAACCGCACAGUUCUUUUGCAACACUAUAUUUCUUAUCAAUCUAUAAACUUAAAUCUUCAGUGUGUACGAAGAAGAUGUACCAGCAAGACCACCAAGUCAACAAGGAACCAGACGGCGGAACCAAGACCGAACAUACGAAGUCACGACGACUACGGAAUCCUUCCAUCGUACGAUCCACCCGCCCGGCACUCAAUCGCCCACGCCCAACCAACAGAACACUUACUCUGCUUACUGA